UCUCGCCCUCAUCUUCCCUCCCACUCUAUGCUAGUGUGUGAAUAGCUCUCUCUCUUUCUACCCCUCGCAAGCACGCACUCUGUCAGUGGAGGAGAUGGUUUCGAAACCCAGCUGUAGCUGAAAGUGAUCGCCUCCUUGAGCAUAUCCAUCUAAGAGGAUUGUGCCCUUUUUCUGUUCGUACCACUUUUUUUCAUUGUUCUGAACCUGUAGGAUUUUUAUUAUCUGCCACUCAGGUUUGCGAUAUAGUAAGUGUUCCGCUGAAGAAUAACUGAAGUUUUUCUUACAUGGCUGAAGCACCUGACUAUGACUUAUUUGCGCUUUUUAUAUUGACGUGAUCUGUGUGUCCUAACACACAUAGCACAGCUUAAGUCAUUUAUUUUUUGUCUACUGGAAUUGUUUCAUUUUGCUAUACAAGGAUUUCUUGCUGACAACGUGGUAGGAAUCCAGGAGUAAACUCUUAGGAGAAACCAUGAGUUGGACUCAUUAUAAAUGCUAAACGUCUGUUUGCUUGGAGCUACGCCAUCUGAGGAAUCCAAUCAAGAGAUGACCACUGUGUCAAUGGAGCCCAUAGUGGCGAUGGUGGAGAAGGUUUCCAAUGUCACUGAGCUUCCAGUAGAAGCUUCUACUGAAGACAUGGCUGCCACUUUCACCAUUGGCACCAUCCUGUCCCUAAUGUGUCUGGUGGGUGUGUCUGGAAAUAUCUACACUCUCGUGGUCAUGUGCCACUCCAUGCGCUCGGCUGCCUCUAUGUACAUCUACAUCAUCAACCUGGCACUAGCUGAUCUGCUUUACUUACUCACGAUUCCAUUUGUGGUAUGCACACAUUUCCUGAAGGGCUGGUACUUUGGAGACGCUGGAUGUCGGAUCCUCAUCAGCAUGGACUUCCUUACAAUGCAUGCCAGCAUUUUUACCCUGACUGUCAUGAGCACAGAACGUUACUUUGCCGUCCUCAAGCCUCUGGAUACAGUCAAACGCUCUAAGAGCUACCGAAAAGCAAUCGCCCUCUUGGUGUGGACGGCCUCAUUGAUUCUCACCUUACCCAUGAUCAUCAGCGUCCAGCUGAUGACGGCAAGCUCCAAGCCAAUGUGUCAACCCACCUUGAGCCCUCUCUCAUAUAAAAUUUACAUCUCCUUUCUCUUUGGCACCAGCAUCGUGGCUCCAGGGGUGAUAAUCGGGUACCUGUACAUAUGCCUGGCACGAACCUACUGGAUUUCCCAAACGAUGACGUUCAAGCAGACCAAGAAGCUCCCAAACCAGAAGGUGCUAUAUCUGAUCUUCACUAUCGUGCUCCUGUUCUGGGCCUGCUUCCUGCCUUUCUGGAUCUGGCAGCUUCUAGGUCAGUUUCAGCCCGAGCUGGAUCUCUCCACCAAGGCCAAGCGGAACAUUAACUAUCUGACCACCUGUCUGACCUACAGCAACAGUUGCAUCAAUCCGUUCCUCUACACCCUGCUCACCAAGAACUACAAGGAGUACCUCCGCAAGAGACAGAGGACGUGGACGGCUGGCAGCUACCUCAACCGGCGGAACCGCUUUCAGCGUUCGCCCCGACGUUCCUUGUCCUCCAGUAGCCAGCAGUGCACGGAGAGCUUUGUCCUCACGCAUACUUCUCGCACCAACAACAGCAGCCUUUGAGGGAUAGAUGACUGUCUGGGGCAAGACAAGAGCAAAGCAAGUCAAGACGGCUGGUAUCUCUCUCCUCCAAACAGAAGAGGGAGACCAAAGGAGGAGUACAGCGGGCAAGAGAAGAAAAGCAAGUCACUGCAUGAGGAGUAUUCCCACGUGAAGAGGCCAAUGUGGGGUUGGAGUCAUCUCCAUCUCACCUGUUGAUUCGUUUCGAUCUUGGAUGACUUUUAAGAGGGAAAAACCAAUUCCCAGUUCAUCUGUUUUCUCAAACUCUGGGCUAUUAUGACUGUGAACUGGGAAUAAUAUAUAUUUUUUUUUUUAUCAUCCGUCAAACUUUGUCACCAAGGACCAAAUUUCAAAGCAGGGUGAUAACCAAGAGAAAAAUGUGACAACUUUCAUCUCCCCUUUCCCAAGUGACUCAGUUUGAUGAGAGUCAUUUCCUUCAAAUAACUGCAAGAGUAGCUAUCAGAAUCCUUCCGAACAUAACUGCUGCAAAAGAUGACAUCAAAAAGGAAGCGUAUUUCCUAGUACGAAAUCUGUUUCUCUCAUAUUUAUGAAAGAGUCUUGCUCUAUUUGAUCUCAGGGGCCGCAUUUGACAUGAAGCUAUUCUAUUUGAUUUGUCUUUGAUGAUUUGAUGAUCUUCACUGUAGGGUACUAAGUGGCAAUGCAGCCAUGGAAAGCCUUCCAGAACACUGCGGGAAGGACUUCCGAGUACCCUUUUAUUUUUCAGAACGCUGUAUUCCAUUCCCCGGGCCUGUCAAAUGGAUUCUCUCUGAUCCUGAUAGUCCAUUGAGGAUUCUGUCUCCUCCAUCCUAUUUCCUUGAGGCCAACAAGACUGGAGGUUUUACGUUGACCUCAGACUGACCUGAGAGCUGUUUCUCCAAACAACAAUGCAGAGGAUGCUUGGCUUUGACUUCUAAUGAGUUAGACAUUUAUACUUUCCAUACUGACAAGUCAGUACCCAUCCAUAUGGAAUGUCCGUACAGAUACAGGAUACACACAAUGUGCACAAAAUGAGCAUUGCAGAGUGAAACUGACCAACUUGGAAACUUCAAUUUCAUAACUCCAAAGAAACAGAUUAUUUAUCUUAAUGCACAAUGGUGAAAUGGCGCUUAUUAUUGUUGGACUCUGUAUUUGUUUUACACAAAAGAUAAACAGGAAAGUACUGCCCAAAGUCUGUAUGUUGCUUUGGUUUGUUGAAUCUGAGUCAAAAUGCCUAUUUUGUUUUUGUACAGAGAGCUCAAAUAUACUUGGUAACACGUUAUAAUAAGGGUCAAUUUGUUCAAAGUGUUUCACA